AAUAGACGCGACCUUGAUGAAUGUAAUGUUUUGGUUGGAGUCUGUGUAGAUAGGUGUCCUAAAUUUAGAAGUGGGUGAAGCGGGUAAAUUUGUCAUUUUCCAACAGCUAUUUCUGCGUCGUCUGGUGCUUGAGUGCUGCUGGAUAUUGGUGGUGGAAAUCUUUGUCAAAACGUGGAUAAUUGGCUCCAAAUCAGAGGAUUAUGGAAAAGGUGUCGUCGGUGUGAUGUAGCCCCAGCGUCGACCGCCGCCGCACUAUGCCGCGCUCACGCUCCAGCGACUCUGCGCAGUAUGAGGACCUGUCGGCGCUGGCCGGCAGCGGCCCGCCCGGCUCCCUGCUCAGCCAGGUGGCGGACGUGCGCGACCCGGGCGACCAGCUCGAGAUGACGGCCUCCACCGCCGGCGUGGUGCCGGACGACACGUUCACCGUGGACCAGGCGGUGAACGCCAUCGGCUUCGGCCGCUUCCAGAUCCGCCUGUCGCUCAUCACGGGCCUGUGUUGGAUGGCCGACAGCAUGGAGAUGAUGAUCCUCUCCAUGCUGUCACCGGCGGUGCAGUGCUCCUGGCACAUCUCCGAGUGGAAACAGGCCUUCAUCACCACCAUCGUGUUCCUGGGCAUGAUGCUCAGCUCGCCCUUCUGGGGCAAGUUCAGCGACAAGUACGGCCGGAAGACGACGCUGGUCAUGUCUGGCUCGUUCCUCUUCUUCUACGGCUUCCUCUCGUCGUUCGCGCCCACAUACGUCUGGCUGCUGCUGCUGCGCGGUCUGGUUGGCUUCUGCGUGGGCGCCAUCCCCCAGGCCGUCACCUUGUAUGCAGAGUUUUUGCCUGUGAAGCAAAGAGGAAAGUGCGUUAUUUUAUUGGAGUGUUUCUGGGCGCUGGGCGCCUGUCUGGAGGUGCUGCUGGCGCUGUUCGUGAUGCCCACGCUCGGCUGGAAGUGGCUGCUGGGCCUCUCCUCGCUGCCGUUGCUGCUCUUCACGCUCAUCUGCCCGUGGCUGCCGGAGAGCGCCCGCUUCCACGCGGCCAGCGGGCAGUCGGAGCGGGCGCUGAGUACACUGAAGCAGCUGGCCGACGAGAACGGCCGGCCCAUGCUGCUGGGCCGGCUCACCGUCGACGACGUCAGCACGGUGCGGCGCGGCGAGAUCCGCGACCUGCUGGUGCCAGAGCUGCGCAGCACCACCCUGCUGCUCUGGUUCAUAUGGUGGGCCAGCGCCUUCUGCUACUACGGCAUCGUGCUGAUGACCACCGAGCUGUUCGAACUCUCCGAGGAGGACCUGUGCAGCGCUCCGCAGGGCUGGGAGGGCGCCGAGGUGUGCCAGGCGUCGUGCAAGACACUGCAGCAGGAGGACUACAUCGAUCUGCUCUGGACGACGCUCGCCGAGUUCCCAGGGAUAUUCUUCACCAUCCUGAUCAUCGAGAGGUUCGGCCGCAAGAAGACAAUGGCCACCGAGUUCCUCAUUUACACGCUGACCAUUUUCACGCUGUUCUUUUGCGUGAAGAGCCGAGCCGUGCUGACGGUGACCCUGUUCGUCUGCCGGGGCAUUAUCGCCGGCAUGUUUCAAGCAGCCUAUGUCUACACUCCCGAGGUGUACCCGACCACCCUGCGCGCGGUCGGCGUAGGGGCCUGCAGCGGGUUCGCGCGGCUCGGCGCCAUGGUGACCCCGCUCAUCGCUCAGGUGGUGGUGCGGACCUCGGUGCGGUACGUGGCGCUGGUGUACGGCUGCGUGGCGCUGCUGAGCGCCGCCGCGGCGCUCCGCCUGCGCACGGAGACGAGCGGCCGGCCCAUGGCGUGACGUCACCGCGGAUCCUCCGGCGUGACGUCACCGCCGCUCCUUCCUCCCCGCCCAGUCCUGCCGCCGCCCCGCACACUCGGUCCG